AUGGGGGCCAACUCACCGAGUAUUGCACCGCCGACGGCGACGGCUGCUACUGCCGUUGGCGUGGAACGCAACGCCGCGACUCCCGCCAGCGCUAGCGCCAGCGCUACCGCCGCCGCUGCCGCUGCCGCUGCCGCCGACCCCACGAGUAGAUGGCUUCGCGUGAGGUUCCAGAGGACACAACUGGGCAAGAUGUCUCGAUUUGUACAAUUCUUCAACAGCGUUUUCGGAGAGCACGUAAUUGUCACGAUCGAUGAAACCGAGAGCUUCGUCAAGAUCUUGUGGGUGGCGGGUGGAACUAUCGCCGACAGCGUAGCGGGUUACCUGGAGCAUGCGAUGCAAGUCUACCAGGAGGGCCCAUGGCAGCCAGCUGACUUCUCGCUGGUCCAAGUGAGGCUCCCCACCCACGGAGAGGAUAGUCGGACGUCGAGGUUUCUGCUCUCGGUCGUGCAUACCUCGCACCCGUCGACCAAGAAGCUGCAGGAGCUGUCUGCCGUCUACGGCGUUGUUGGUGCUAACGUGAACACGAAUUGCCUUCGGACCCAGCCGCCAUCAUCAGAUGACGGCCUCCCUCGGAGCUUUGCUCCACCGAACGUGGAGGCGGCCGAUGAAAUGGUUGCGCAGCUGUGGGGGCUGAACCACGGUGUCCAGGCUGCCCUAGAUUGUCUGGUUGUCUGCCCCUGCAACAAACGUAAAUCUCUGUGGCUUGGGCAGCGUCGUGUGAGACAACUCCAGAAAACUGGAUGGCUUCGCACCGUGAAAGGGACAAAGGUCGUGCUACAUCAGCGGAGCGGAACCAUCAUUGCUACGCUCCUGCCCAGCAUCGCGAGUUCCCUCGCCAAUGCGCUUCCGCGUUCCGUCCAGUUGGUGGACAUGAUCGACGCGGCUGCCAUGCGCAACUUGGCAACGCCGGCCCAGCUCGAAGCUUUUGCCCAAGCGGGAGGAGGUGCCACCGGAGAGAUCAAAGUCAUCCCCGUGUGGGAAACAUCGUCCGCGCUGGUGCUGGGCCUGGGGGAGGAGACAUCGGAGAGCGCCGUGGGCAAGGUGCGCAACGCCAUCAGCGAAGCGGUGCGACAGUGGGCUGCGACUAACGUCAGCGUGCCCCUGAAGGCAAACGCAGCCCACAUGAGACAAACGGUUAGCUGGAAGAAUGGAUCUGCAAAUGAUUUCAAGCCACCGUUGGUGGCCGAUCUGUCGCACGCAGUCUCGGCCUAUGGCGUUAAUCUGUGGCUCGACGGCUGCUGCCUGAGGGCGCGCGUCGAGGACCUUAGCAUCAAGGCGACUGUCGAGGCAGUGCUCUUUACCGAGAUCACGCAACAGGCUGUCGAGGCAGUGCUCGAUACCAAGAUCAAGCAAAAGUAUCUGGACGUUCUGGCGGGCGCCACGGCCGUAGCCGACAGGCCAAGCCCGGCCGCGGUGACCACCGCCGCCGCCGGACUUCCUAUUCUUGCCCUGCCCCCGAGUGAAGCCUGUGGCCCUGGCGCUUCGAACCCUCUCAGCACCCCUGAAGCUGUCGCGAACGCGGGAUCUGAGAGGGCCCCUUUCGAUGCUGCUCUUGGUGAUGGUGGCGACGGCGGCGAAGCUGGGGGGGGCAGCGGGGUUUGGGUGGGUUUCGAACCUAAGGCUGGCGCCGCUGCCGCUGCCGCUCCGGCUUCCGCCGCUGCUCCUGGCACAGCGUGGAGUGGCGAGCGUGCCUCGGCAGUCACUACAGUCCCGGCGAACCGGUUUUCGGUAGGAGAGGGCGCGGUGUUGGAGCAGGGGAGCAAGAGUACAGUAGCAACAAGCGAAGCCUGCCUGGAACACACUGAUUGCGGGACGUGUUGGUUUUUUGCACGAACCUUCGUGCGUGUUCACUCACAAGACUAA